GAUGGAAUUUAAGGACCUUUAUGAAUCUUUAAUUCACAAUAAUGAUCACAUUAAACCUAUUCAUAAAUUCCAUUAUCUGAGCUCUUAUCUUGAAGGGGAUGCGGCCAGAGUGAUAGCAAACUUAGAAGUCUCCGCUAACAAUUAUACUGAAGCCUGGAAAAUUUUGUGUGACAGGUUCAGUAAUAAAAGACAGCUGAUUACUAACCAUUUAAAUUCUCUAUUUAAUUUAGAACCUAUACAGCGAGAAUCGGAUAAGGCCUUAAGGUUCCUUAAUGAUCAUGUAGUUAAAAAUCUCCGGGCCCUAAAGACAUUAGGUCAACCGACAGAGCACUGGGAUACAAUUUUAGUUCACCUAUUGACGGCUAAGUUAGACGUCAAUACUAAUGCAAAAUGGGAAGAACAUAGGAACACUCUCAAAGAGUGGCCAUCACUCGAUGACUUUAGGGGAUUUCUUAGUAAUCGUGCAGACAUCUUAGAAAAUCUGUAUCGCUCUAGGAGAGAAAAACAAUCUAACCACAAGCCAGAGCCUGUGGCCAAUAAAACUUCAUUUAAACAUGAUAAAAACAUAAAAACAUUCGUGAUUUCAGAGAAACAAGAUGACCACAAGGGUCGGCCGUGCAUCGUGUGCCAUGGUGAUCACAGAGUGUACGACUGCCCAGCCUUUAAAAAGAUGUCAGUCGACGAGCGCUGGUCGCAGGCGUCACGUCUGAAGCUGUGCCAUGUCUGCCUCCGACCGGACCAUGAGACCCGUCAGUGCAAGCUGAACGGUUGCCGGAGAAACAAGAUGACCACAAGGGUAGGCCGUGCAUCGUGUGCCAUGGUGAUCACAGAGUGUACGACUGCCCAGCCUUUAAAAAGAUGUCAGUCGACGAGCGCUGGUCGCAGGCGUCACGUCUAAAGCUGUGCCAUGUCUGCCUCCGACCGGACCAUGAGACCCGUCAGUGCAAGCUGAACGGUUGCCGGGUAUGUAAGAGACGUCACAAUACAUACUUACACACCACACAAACACUCAACACUUCUCCACCUGGAGCCAGCACGGAACAAACAGCCGAACCUGCAAAUAGUGCUAGGUCGGAUGUGGCUUGCUCCUCGACUAUGCUAACCUCUGACAGUGCAGCGGUGCAAAACACCCUCACUGCUAGCACUUUAAUUAGCACUAGCGAGUCAUUGCUCUCAACAGCUCUAAUUGAAGUGAUCAACCCUAUUAACAACAAAAAGGAGACAGUUAAAUGUCUUGUAGACAGUUGUUCACAGUCUAAUUAUCUAUCUCAUAAUUUGAGACAAAAACUAAAUCUUGAUUGUCAGCCUCUAACUGCCUCAAAUGUGACAGGAAUAGGAAAUACGCCUCUGACCUAUCAACCUGUGCUUUGUGCAGCGCAUAUUCAAUCUAAACUCAGUGAUUUUAAUGCCAAAAUUGACUUUCUAGUUUUAGAUCAAGUAACUAGUCGCUUUCCACAAAACUAUGUAGACAUUAGUCACCUUAACUUACCUGCCUCUGUGCAGCUUGCUGACCCAACCUUUAACGUUCCAUCCCAAAUAGAUAUGCUGUUGGGAGUGGAAAUGUUUUGGACUAUUGUGACAGGUGCUGCAAAAAGAUUGCCAACGAGCAAGCGCACCUUCCUAAUCCCAUCUAAACUAGGGUGGUUAAUAGCGGGACCGGUAGAGGGAGCCUCGGCUCAUUUACAUACAGGGAACACGCGCAGCCACCUCUGUCUCUCUGAUCUGUCGGCCCAAAUGACCAAAUUUUGGGAAACAGAGGAGCUACCGUCUGAAACGGACUCCAUCAAAAAUGGGAGUGAGUUCGAGUCUCACCCUAUAAACCAACACUUUGUUGAAAACACUUACCGCCAAUCUGACGGCAGAUUCGUUGUGCGCUUGCCUUUAAAGGACUCGCCGGACUGCUUAGGCAACUCAUUUAACAUAGCUAAAAAGCGUUUAUUCAGUUUAGAGAAACGUUUUAGUAACCAACCUGAACUAAAAUCAAUGUAUGUUGAUUUCAUAAAUGAAUAUAGAGACUUAGGGCAUCUGUCGGAGUCUGAGCGAUGUUACAAAGCUAAUCACCUCCCGCAUCACCCCGUGAUGAAGGAGAGUGAAUCUACACGCAUGCGCACAGUCUUUCACGCUAGCUGUCCCACCUCUUCUGGGUAUUCAAUAAAUGAUAUUCAGCUUGUAGGCCCUAACAUACAAAGCCCACUGUUUGACAUAUUGCUUAGAUUCCGACAGUACAAGUAUGUACUAUCUGGUGACAUAGAAAAACAGUACAGGCAAAUAAUGAUGAAUGAAAUAGAUAGAAACCUACAAGUUAUUCUAUGGCGCGAAGAUGAGCACUUACCCAUACGCUCACUAACUUUAAAUACCGUUACGUACGGCUUUGCUUCAUCGAGCUGGCUAGCAGCACGCUGUUUGUGGCAGUUAGGGGCUGAAAGCAAGGAUCCUUUAGUUAGGACUAUUAUACAAAAUGACUUUUACUGUGAUGACUUAUUAACAGGCGCAGACUCUGAAAUAGAGCUGCUUCGCAUACAAGCAGGUGUCUCACAGGCCUUAGCCUCUGGUUGUUUCAAUUUACGUAAAUACCGCUCGAAUUCUAACGCGCUAUUAAAGUCGGAUUAUAUUAAUAAAGAUGAUCACUUAGCAUUGAGUCAAGCUUGCCAAACACUUGGACUAGGGUGGCAACCUAGCCAAGAUGUACUAAACUUUUCCAUUAAAAAUGAUCAUUCUGAUAAAAUAGUUACAAAAAGAAAAAUCUUAUCUGAAACGUUCCAAGUCUUUGAUCCAUUAGGACUCUUAAGUCUAUGCACAGUUAAAGCUAAAAUAUUAAUUCAAACCUUAUGGAAAGAAGGCAAAGCUUGGGACGAGCCAGUGUCUCCUGAAAUACAGCAUAUCUGGUCAAAAUUCAUUAAAAACUUACAUCACAUUAAAUCACUUAGCAUACCUAGAUAUGUAUUAUGUGAGGCAACCUGCACAAUAGAGUUACACUGUUUUUCUGACGCUGCGGAGACUGCAUAUGCAGCCUGCAUUUAUGUUAAAUCUAUUUCUGAAUCCGGUGAACAGAAAGUACAUUUGCUGUGUGCGAGGGACAGAAUUGCUCCAAUCCGUCGCACAUCUAUUCCUAGACUUGAAUUGGCCGGGUGCUUGUUAGCAGCCCAAACAUAUGCAGCCGUAGUACGAGCCUGGAGACGUCCUGUCUCUCGCACAAUAUUCUGGACUGACUCUAGCUGCUGCUUGGCUUGGCUAAAAACAGACAGAUCAAAGCUUAAAACUUUUGUGGCCAACAGGGUAGCAGCUAUAGACAGCCUUGCUCCCGGAGCCACCUGGAGACAUGUACCUACAAAACAAAAUCCAAGUGAUCUUGCAACUCGUGGUGUGGAUCCACAACAUGUCUCAGGGACAGCUCUGUGGUGGGAAGGCCCCGAGUUUCUAUUAAAGCCUGAGAAUGAAUGGCCUGAAUUAAACGCUGUAGAGCCGGAGGUCUUACCUGAAACUAAAGUAACAUCAAUGCUCACUACUAACACAGAAACCUCAUCUAUUAUAGAUUUUGACAGAUUUUCAAAAUACACAGAGCUACAACGUACUAUGGCCUAUGUGCGUCGUUUCAUAAAUAACUGUAAGCCCCGUGGGCCUAAAUUAACUGGUACACUUUCAGCACAGGAGCUUACAGGCGCAGUUCACACUUUAAUUAAACUUGCACAGCAGGAGUCAUUCUCUGCAGAGCUUGAAACGCUUCGCAAAGGUCACAGGUUGAGUCCCAAGUCACACAUACUAACCCUGGCCCCGUUCAUCGACUCUCAAGGCCUCUUGAGAGUAGGCGGGAGGCUGGAUGCUUCAGAUUGUACUUACGAUCAGAAGCAUCCAAUGUUGUUACGUGCUAAACACACACUAACUAAACUCAUCUUUACACAUGAACAUGUACGUCUCUUACAUGCCGGGCCACAGUCAUUGCUAGCCUCAGUACGAGACGAGAUAUGGCCGAUCGGAGGCAGGAAUUUGGCACGAAGCACGGCCCACAAUUGUGUCACCUGUAAGCGUAUCGCUGGCCAAACUUUAAAAAAUAUAAUGGGAAAUUUACCAGCGCAACGAAUUAAGGCUGAUUUUCCAUUCACGUCAACAGCUGUAGACAUGGCAGGGCCCUAUUUAAUAACAGAUCGCCGGGGGCGUGGAUGCAAAAUCACCAAAUGUUACUUGUGUCUGUUUAUAUGCUUAAGAUAUAAAUGUGUUCAUAUAGAAGCUGUGAGCGACUUAUCUAAAGAUGCAUUUGUGCUAGCUCUACGCAGGUUUAUCGCUAGGCGCGGCAGACCUGCGGAAUUGUUUUGCGAUAAUGGCAGAAACUUUGUAGCUGCAGCUAAAGAAAUUAAUGAUUUUUUUAAGUUAUAUAAAAGUGACUUGUCUGAAUUUGCAGCUGGUCAAGGAAUUAAAUUUAAAUUCGCACCAGCUUACGCGCCAAAUUUCAACGG